CAACCCAGAUCCCAUCUGUCACCAAAUUCUGUCAUUGGGGCAGGACGCGAACAUCUUUUCCAUGUUAGUGACAUUAUUCUGUGCAAGGUCACAGUAGAAUAAAAAGCUGUCGCUCAACGCCGGGAAGCAUGGGCUCGGGGGAGAGUACGACCCGGAGAGUGUCUUUCGGUGUCGACGAUGAGGACAGAGUCAGGAUCCUCCGUGGAGUCAAGCUGUCAGAAGACGUUCUUCAGCGGAUGAGGGGAGUGGCCAACAUUGCUCCAGAACGGACACAAUCAACAACUUCAAGUGCGCAGAAAGACACAGGUGCCCCUCGCAGUGCAAACCCAAGCUCUGGUCCUCAGCAGAGCUCACAGCCGCGGGCCCAGCCCGGCAGCUGGUCCAGCACGAGCACACCCGACUCGAACGCGAAGGAAGAGCAGAGGAGGUUCGAACAAAAGCAGACUAAAGAGGACCCGGCCAAGGGGGCACAAAGAGAGAGGGAGGUGGCAAUGAAGGAGAGGACUAAAGCCCUGAGCCGGGAAAGACAACACACUCGUCAGGAAGCGGAAAAGGCCCAACAACUGUCGGCAGAGGAGAGCGAGGUAAUGGCCCGGCAGCUACAGAAGAAAGAUUUACAGCUGAAAGCGCUGGAUGCCUUCUACAAGGAGCAGCUGGCUCAACUGGAGAAGAGGAAUUUGGAGAGAUACGAAGAGAGCAAGGAACAAUUCCACCAAGCUGCCUCCAAGACUGAAGGAAACGUGAGGUCUCGUAAUAUAGAUCCAGUGUGUCUCGGUCUGCAGGCUCGGAUUUUAUCCUGCUACAGGGAGAAGGGAGACCAGACACUCAAGUGUUCAGACCUAGCCAAAGAAUACAUGCAGUGUAUCAAUGCUGCGAAAAAGAACCUGCUGAUCAACCGUGGAUGACGAGUGGGAGGAAAAGGGUAAAAACUGAAGAACGCUUUCUGCUCUGGCGCUAAGAGCGGCACUUGUCACCUGUCGCGUUCCUCUUUUAAAUUGUGAGAGCAUUGACUUGCGGUUGGCAUGCCUUGGUUUUCAAGCGCUCCUGUUAAUGCUAUUUAUCCGUCGCUCCACUAUUCUGCACUGCUGCAUUUCACAGGGAAGUUUUUGAAAGAGUGUGUGUGUGUGUGUGUGUGUGUGUGUGUGUGUGUGUGUGUGUGUGUGUGUGUGUGUGCGUGCGUGCGUGCGUGCGUGCGUGCGUGCGUGCGUGCGUGCGUGUGUGCGUGCGUGUGUGCGUGCGUGUGUGCAUGUGUGUGUGUGUGUGUGUGUGUGUGUGUGUGUGUGUGUGUGUGUGAGGUUCACGGUCUUAGUCGAAACACUUUCACUUCAGUCAGAGAGCUGUAGAGAGACCGUCAGGGUCAAUCCUUCCGUCUGCUGAAUGGAAUCACUAACUUACCGAACCUCUGCUGCUUUUUGUGCAGAUUAAAAUGCAGGAAAAACAGUCUGGGGUUCGAGCUGAAUCAGUCACAUACGGGACCGUCCUUGCCCUGAUCUCUGACUGAAAGAACCGACUGAGUUGAUAUUCUUUUAAGUUUUAUGCUUUUGUUUCUGGUCUUUUUUUCUUUUUUUUUGGUACAACAUAGGAAGAAGCUCAGGUAAUCCCGGCCAUGACUUUUAAUUCAUCAGACCUGUGCUGUAUUAUAUGAUUUUAUUAAACCAUUCAUAUCUGC